GGGGUGUUUUACUCCCUGGGGUCCCGGAGGAGAGGACUGCUACGCGGAGCCGCGGAGAGGAGGGUCGCCCUCUGAGUGCUCAGGACCGGGAGGUCAGACCCCGAGGCGGGUCCGGGACUCUAAACGUGGCUCUUCGCGCUGAUGCGCUCCGGGACUGGCAUGCUGGGAACACCUAGCACCCAGAAUUAACCUCUGAUCCCUGGAUUGGAAACUCCAGUUUGGAGUUUGGAAACUCCUAAGUGUAGUUAAAGCAAAUCUGCGUAGAAGUCGCCAUAGAACAGGGAGUGACGGGGUGCCUGUUUGGGAUGUGGGGCAUCUCACUUCGUGGGCCCUUCCGUCCCUUUUCCUUGUAUCUGACCCACCACUACCUCGCUUGGGCUGGUCUCAGGCUUCCUGACUCCCACAGCGUCCCUGGUCCCCGCCUCCCUGCCCCCCAGCAGCAGCUGUCACCUAGGAGUUAGCUGAUAACCCCUGAAGCUGAGUGCAACUCAAGAGCACUCCCCGCCAGCUUGGACGUCUACCCCAGGCUUCCUGCCUUCAGUGAUGGCUUCAUCACCAUCCAUGAUGGCCCCCCUCGCCUCCUACAUGCCAUUGGCUACCAUGUUCCUGACUUCUGGCUUCUAGAAUCUUUUCACUUCUCUUCACGCUUCCACACCACCCGGACACCUGCAGCAGCCUUCUUGGUCUCCCUGACUCCAGUCUCCCUGGUCCAUUCUGCUGGCCCAGGCAGCCAGACGGCUCUGGCAGAACAGAUGACCGUCAUCAGCUCCUCUCUCCCAAAUGCCUUCAGGCCAGACUCUCGACCUCCUGGGCUCUGGGAUCCUGCUUCUGAGGCUCAGUGUUUGCCUUUUGAGUUCCCAGCUCUACACCCUGUCUACCUAUGUUGGUACCUGCUGGAGCAACGGGACGUGGAGGUGAAUGUGCGGGACAAGUGGGACAGCACCCCUUUGUACUAUGCCUGCCUGUGUGGGCACGAGGAGCUAGUACUCUAUCUUCUGGCCAAUGGAGCCCGCUGUGAGGCCAACACCUUUGAUGGGGAACGCUGCCUCUAUGGAGCACUGAGUGACCCCAUUCGCCGGGCCCUGCGUGACUAUAAGCAGGUGACAGCCUCCUGCAGGAGGCGGGACUACUACGACGACUUCCUGCAGCGGCUUCUGGAGCAAGGCAUCCAUAGCGAUGUGGUUUUUGUUGUGCACGGGAAGCCCUUCCGGGCACAUCGCUGUGUCCUGGGCGUGCGCAGUGCCUACUUUGCCAACAUGCUGGACACCAAAUGGAAGGGCAAGAACGUCGUGGUCCUGAGGCACCCACUGAUCAACCCCGUGGCCUUUGGAGCCCUGCUGCAGUACCUGUACACAGGCCGCCUGGACAUCGGUGUGGAACAUGUUAGUGACUGUGAGCGCCUGGCCAAGCAGUGCCAGCUCUGGGACCUGCUCAGUGACCUGGAGGCCAAGUGCGAGAAGGUGUCCGAGUUCGUGGCAUCCAAGCCAGGCACAUGUGUGAAGGUGCUGACUAUCGAGCCCCCCCCAGCAGACCCCCGGCUCCGGGAGGACAUGGCCCUGCUGGCCGACUGCGCCCUGCCCCUUGAGCUCCGUGGUGAUCUCGGGGAGCUGCCCUUCCCUUGCCCUGACGGCUUCAACAGCUGUCCUGAUGUCUGCUUCCGGGUGGAAGGUUGCAGCUUUCUCUGCCACAAGGCCUUCUUCUGCGGCCGCAGUGACUACUUCCGGGCCCUGCUGGAUGACCACUUCCGAGAGAACGAGGAGUUGGAGGCCUCAGGUGGCCUCCCAGCCAUCACCCUCCACGGCAUCUCGCCCGACAUCUUCACGCACGUGCUCUACUACAUCUACAGCGACCACACAGAGCUGCCCCCUGAGGCCGCCUAUGAUGUGCUGAGCGUCGCUGACAUGUACCUGCUGCCGGGCCUGAAGCGGCUGUGUGGCCGCAGUCUGGCCCAGCUGCUGGAUGAGGACAGUGUGGUGGGCGUGUGGCGUGUGGCCAAGCUGUUCCGCUUGGCGCGCCUUGAGGACCAGUGCACAGAGUACAUGGCCAAGGUCAUCGAGAAGCUGGUGGAGCGGGAAGACUUCGUGGAUGCUGUGCGGGAGGAGGCGGCGGCCGUGGCUGCCCGGCAGGAGACGGACUCCAUCCCGCUGGUGGACGACAUCCGUUUCCACGUGGCUAGCACGGUGCAGACCUACAGCGCCAUUGAGGAAGCCCAGCAGCGGCUACGGGCACUGGAGGACCUGCUGGUGUCCAUCGGCCUGGACUGCUGACUAUCCGCACAUGGCAUGGGCAUGCACAUGCGUGCGUGUGCACAUUUGCAGCUCGUCUUUCUGUUCCUUGCACCCUUGAGGGCAUCGUGGUGGGCUGAGGGGGCUCUGUGGGGUACCCCUCUCCCCACGUGCCUGAGAGCCCCAGGGGAGGGUCAGGGUGAACUCCCCUCCCCCAACACAAGCCAGCCCCCAAGGCCCUGGGGCUGGGCACUGCUCAGGGAAACCUGGGGUAAGGGUCUCUUUGGGCCUCCCUCCCCUGGAACCCCUCCACACCCCCUCUCUCCUGGCCCUGGCUUGUUUGCUUCCAAGCCAAGCCAGCAAGCAGGCUUCCCUGAGGUGCAGGUUGGCCCACAGGGAGCAAAAAAGACUGUGUGUGGCAAUAAAGCUUGAUUCACUGUGGGA